UUUCGCCACAUUGUGUUAUUAAUUGAACAGUGAACACGGUUGCACUCUGUGAUAAGCUACGUUUACUUUUGAACCGCCUUGUAGUUAUUAUCAUUAUGAUAAUAGCUUAUGAAAAGCUUAAAUCUCAUGACAUGAAAAAAUUCGUGUUGUGAUAAAUCAAUGAAAACUAUCGCAUUGACGUUUUAAUUUUGGAUGAAAAAAAAAUCGCAUCGAUGGGUAACCAGAAACUUCAAGAAAAUAGUAAAAAAUGGAGUCAUUCGUUGAAGAAAGAGUUACACAGACGGAUAGGAUUUUUAAGAUGGGUGCCAACUUAUACGAAAAUGGACGCUUUAUCAGAUUUAAUAGCUGGUGUCACACUGGGCCUCACUAUUGUACCUCAGAGCAUGGCUUACGCCACAUUGGCCAGAUUACCUCCUAAGAUCGGCUUGAACUCAGCAUUCGCCGGAGGAUUCGUGUACGUGCUGUUCGGAACCAUUAAGCAAGUCUCGAUCGGACCUACCUCUCUGAUGUCCUUGUUGACGCUACAAUUCAUCAGCAACGUGCCUCAAGAAUUCCUGCUGCAGUAUUUAUGCUUAUUAACAUUUUUAUGCGGAUGUGUAGAGCUUUUAAUGGGCCUUCUGAGAUUAGGUUUUCUAGUCGAAGUGAUAUCAACACCGGUGAUUUCCGGCUUCACAUCUGCGUCAGCGGUUAUUAUAAUUAUAUCGCAAAUCAAGCACAUAUUGGGAAUAAGUUUCAAAAGCGACAGCAUCAAAGAUGAAAUCGUCAAGUUGUUUCAAAACUGUCACAAGCUGAAAUACGCAGACACAGCGCUCGGAGUAUCGUGUAUAGUAUUUUUGUUAGUUUUACGAAAAUUCAAAGAUAUUUCAUUCGGCAACAAAGCAACGAAGAAAUCAUUUUGGUUUAUAUCAGUGGGUCGAAAUGCCAUCAUAGUUGUAUUGUGUUGUUUGCUGAGCUUCUCUAUCGAAUCGUACGGUGUAAAAGUACCCUUCAAAUUAACAAGUGAUGUAGAACCAGGAUUACCAAAAUUUGAGCCACCACCGUUUGGAAUGGUGCAGGGUAAUUCGACGGUGACGUUUAUCGAAAUGGUACAACACUUAAGGUAUGGAUUCGCUGUCAUACCCAUCAUAGCUGUUCUUAUAAAUGUCUCCAUCGCCAAAUCAUUUGCGACUGGUGGAACGAUUGAUGCGACCCAGGAGAUGCUAACGUUGUCGCUUUGUAAUAUAUUAGCGUCGUUUUUCCACGCCAUGCCCAUUUGUGGAGCUUUCACUAGAAGUGCAGUAAGCAAUACGAGCGGAGUGAGGACACCGUUUUCGAAUUUUUAUUCGGCUCUAAUAACGAUUUUCGCCUUGACAUUUCUCACACCGUCGUUUCGCUUCAUUCCGAAGACUACUCUAGCAGCGGUUCUAAUUGCGGCCGUGAUUUUCCUCGUCGACACUCAAAUUAUAACGCCAUUGUGGAAAUGCUGUAAGAGAGAUUUAGUCAUUUUGGUUUCAACGUUCUUGAUUUGUCUUUAUUACGGAGUGGAAAUAGGAUUGCUAAUUGGAGUGCUGGCUAAUCUGAUUCAUUUAAUAUAUUUAUGGGCGAGACCUACGAUAACCUCGGAUAAAUGCAAGAACGAAUAUGGAGAAUAUUUGGUUGUAACACCUGAUCUAGGACUUUUCUACCCUGGUGUAGAUAAUCUGUAUCAGUUUUUGGUGAAAACCGCCUCUCGUAAUCGGCAAAAGCUUCCAGUCGCUGUCAACUGUUGUUAUUUCAAAGGUGUCGAUUACACAGCUAUUCGGGGAUUAUCGAUGAUCGCCGAUGAUUUCGUGGCCAGAAACCAAAAACUGGUUUUUUAUAACGUGAGAGAAGAUUUUCAGCGGGCAUACAAGCACAGCGGGUAUAACAAUUUGACGCUAUGUUCGGUGGGCGAGAAUUUGCACGAGUAUCUUUUCAACGAAGUAAUGGAUUUCAGACGUUCGAUUACGUAUCCAGUAAUCGAUACGGAAUUACAAAAUAUCAAAUUACCAGCCAACAAUACGAACAGCAUCAACGCCAUACACGAGGCCGAAAAACUCAUCAAAACAGCAGAAAGCGUUUAAGAGUGAAUCGCGUGUGGCAAAGGCAAUUGCAUUUUAAAAGCGAAUACUCGCCAAACUGUGAUAUCGAGUUUAUACUUUCCAGUCAGUACGCUGCAAAGCUACGCUAUAUUGCUAUAUACUUUUGCCUAUAGAUGAGAAAAAAUGUAUUACAGCAUCGGAACAAAACUUUAUAGGAUAUUCAGUAUUAUAAUUUUAAAAUGUCUUUUUCGUGUCUUCGUUCUCGUCUCUGCCAUACCAUAUCAAUCAUACUCAAUUUUUUUUUAUCCGAAACAUCCUUCGCAUACUGAAUUACUACAUAUUAUUACGAAUGCUGCUGGAUAUACGUAUACGAUAUUGCUCGUAUAUUUACUACCUACCAGCUACCUAUAUAUUCUUAUUCUAUCUAAAUCAAAUUUAUAUAGGUACGUUACAAUAUAAAUCUUUUUGGAAAAAUUUAUAACUUGUAGAAAGCAAAUAUCGAGACUUUCAAUAAGAACCAUUGUAAUUUUUACACGUUCCUAUUCAAUUGUUGAAAAUGUUAUCUUAUAUAUAGGUAUUUUUUUCUAUUACAUAAAUAAAUAUAAUUCGAUUUCA